GCCUGCACCCUUCAGAGUGGAAUUCGUCCAUCCCGAGGGGAUGAUUGCCGUCGUGGACUGUAUGGUCACUGACAGGACUGAGAAGUCUUGGCAAAUCUCAUCAGCCACGGUGGCGCAGCGUUUUUUGGAUGUGACGCACUGUCCCCUUGCGCGCAACGCUCGCAUCGUUAUGCAAGAGCAUCUGGGAAAGAUAUACAACUUCGACUCAAAGAAGCCAAAGGAUAUCUCCCUCGGUUGCUGGCUUGUCGCUACAGACAUGAUUCUCCGAAUACUCAGGACAAGUGCAAUGUCUCAUGUGGUGAAGUCCGAU